CUCCUUCCACCUGGCUACACUAAUCUAACCCCCGAGUCCUAAACUCACCUCACUCAGACCACUCAGGUUAUCAGCAUGGAGGAUUCCUCAGAACAGUCCCACUGGGUGUCUCCAUCUCUGCUCAGCUCAGAUCAUUUGGGCGCUUUCUCCUCUGAGCCAGGCCUGCUGCCUCCAGGAGAAGAGGGUGAGGCCUUCUUCUCUGGCCAAGACAGCGACUACACCAGCCUGCCCUCCUUCUUCUCCACUCCGAGUCACAGCCGAGCGCCGUCCACCUACAGACACAGCUCGGUACGACAGGUGUUCACCUCACCAAGUCUCAUCAGCAACCUCCAGCUGCUGGACACGCCGGGCAGCCACUCCCUGGGCUCACCCUAUAACCCUCCACCCUCCACCUGGAGCAGCAGCCCUCUCACCAAGACCCCGCUGCACUCACACACUCCAACCUCCCUGUACACCCCCAGCAUCACCUCCUCCUUCACCACCUCCAGAGAUGGAUACUCCUCUCCCGGUAGAGAUGGCAGGGAGAGCCCCCGGCUUCAAGAGGCCCUCAAGGCCGAGCGCAUGAGCCCGCUGGGGGGGUUAGGGGCCAGCAGCAGUUUUCUGAACCUGACCCCUGCGGCUGGGAGUAUGUACACGUCGUCAUCCCACUCCCACCCGCACAUGCUGAGCCCUUAUAGCUCGUACAUGAGUGGGCCUCAGGAUUACAGCUCUGCCCUCUACUCCAGCCCUGGAGCUUGGAUAAGCCCCUCAUACUCCCCUAAAAUGCGCAACAAGAUGAGGAUAUCCACUCCAGAGGCCAGAGAGUGUGUGAACUGUGGGGCCACAGCUACCCCUCUGUGGCGCCGGGAUGGUACAGGCCACUACCUGUGCAACGCGUGCGGACUGUACCACAAGAUGAAUGGCCAAAACAGACCUUUGAUCCGGCCCAAGAAGAGACUGAUUGUCAGCAAGCGGGCAGGCACACUGUGUGCAAACUGUCACACAAGCACAACAACACUGUGGAGACGCAAUGCCAAUGGAGAACCUGUGUGUAACGCCUGUGGACUCUACUUUAAACUGCAUAAUGUCAACCGGCCCCUCACCAUGAAGAAGGACGGCAUUCAAACUCGCAACAGAAAAGUGUCCAACAAGAACAAGAAGAGCAAGAAGGCCGCCAUGUUGGAGUCAUACUCGGAGGUGAACCAGCCACCCUCUAUGGACGACAACUGUGGGCCCUUUUCCCUUGGCCACGGGACUCUGCUGACCUACAGCCACACACCGCACCUCAUCCAAACACCGUCGCCACUGCACGCCUCCGCCAACUUACCCUACACACACCACCUCAACACUGGUAUGGUGCCCACACUGGUGUAAAGAAAAAGAAAAAAAAACAGACAAC